CCCGCCUCUGCCCCCGCAGCCGCCUGCGGCGGUGGUCAACAUGCGCAACGAUUGUCCGGCUUCAUGGUUCAUGCUGUUGUUGCUGAAAAUGAUGGCCCUAAGUGGUGGGAGAGAAAUGUUGGACCAAAUAUGAUUGAUAUUCAUUCCACAACGGAGUUUCUUGAAGCAUUAUGCCAAGCGGGUGAUAAGCUUGUUGUUGUUGAAUUCUAUGGCACUUGGUGUGGUUCCUGCCGAGCACUUUUUCCCAAGCUCUGCAAAACUGCUGAAGAGCAUCCAGAUAUUUUAUUUCUCAAAGUUGACUUCGAUAAGAAUAAGCCAAUGUGCAAAAGGCUAAAUGUAAGAGUUCUUCCAUUUUUUCAUUUUUACCGUGGCGCAGAAGGAAAAUUAGAAUCAUUUUCGUGCUCGCUAGCAAAGUUCCAGAGGAUAAAGGAUGCGAUUGCAACACAUAACACAGCUCGGUGUAGUAUCGGACCGCCUGCAGGUGUUGGUGAUAUUGACCUCUCAGAUUUCCCAAAGGAAAAGCCUGCAGAAGCCACCACCAAGUAGAUCUUCAACGCCAUAUUAAUGUUUAGGAAAGUUUACAUACAUACCCCUUAUUUCUUAUGUAUUUACAUAUCUAACACUUACUACUUCAAUCUUUAC